GUUUGUCUUAAACAUUCAUAUCGAUAUAAUUUAGUUUUGGAAGGGAAAAAUCGAAAUAAUGGACACGUCGGUAAAUCUCUUUCAAAGGCCUAUGAAUGCUUUGCAAAAGCAAUGGUAUCGUUUAUUAUUGGCACGUAAAAUAGGUUUUCAGGUCGAUGGAAAAACUAAAGAAAUUCCCGUAGAAAAAACUUAUUCGACAAUUUGCCAAAAGCGUUAUAAGGAAGCAUUUCAUCGUUACAAUCAACAAUUCCACAAGGAAAUUAAACAACUAGAAGCUAUGCAACCGAGUGCCAUGGAUGCUAUGAGAAUUCAUAGAACGUUUGCCAUUACCACUCUUUGGCCGCCGUUGCACUCGAAACGUGAGAUCAACUUGACACUGGCACAACUCGAGAAGGUUUUAAGUGUCAACGAAAGACGACGCUUGCAACAGAUACUAAAAUAUGGCCCGGACUUGAAACGUUUUUAA